AUGAGCAGCACUAGCAGCGAUGGAGGUAUCGACUUCGCACUGUACCGUUAUACCCCCUCAAUUGCGGCAGCAGUGGUCUUUGCGGUGAUCUUCCUGGUCCUCACAAUUCUGCAUGGUAUUCGACUAUGGCAACAUCGCACUUAUUUCUUCGUUCCUUUUAUCAUUGGCCUACUCUGUGAGAACUCCUUGAAUGUGCCGGUUACUAUCUUUUCACACUUUGACACCAAAGCCCUUGGUCCAUACAUUGUUCAGACCAUGCUGAUUCUGGUCGCGCCGCCACUUUUUGCCGCCUCAAUUUAUAUGACCCUAGGCAGAGUCAUUAUUGCCCUUAACUGUCAUCAACUGUCGAUUGUACCGGUUCGAUUCCUUACAAAAAUAUUUGUGGUUGGAGAUGUGAUUUCGUUCCUUCUCCAAUGUGGAGGUGGUGGAUAUAUGGCUGCUGGAACAAUUUCUGCCAUGGACAUGGGUGCAAAUAUCGUCAUUGGCGGUCUUGCCAUUCAGCUUCUUUUCUUCGGCUUCUUCGUUGUCGUAUCCGCGGUGUUCCAUUGGCGCGUUAGAAGAAUUCCGCCGAGUAUUUCGCAUUCCUCAGAAAGCAGCAAGAAGUGGGAAUCUAUCAUGUGGGCUCUCUAUGCUGCCUGCUUUCUCAUUCUGGUGCGAUCGAUCUUCCGUGUGGCCGAAUUUGUCGAGGGCAAUGAUGGCUUUAUCAUGAAAAGAGAAUAUCUUUUGUACAUCUUUGACGCUUGUCUCAUGGCAUUGACUGGGAUUGUGCUGGCAGUUAUUUACCCAGGCUCAUUCAUUGGACGAAACGGGAGCAAGCGAGACAGCGAGCUCCAGCUUAUGUCAACGGAUCAGGACUGCGGGCAACAGAGAUCGAAGGCCUAUGAAGCUUAA